UGUGUGGACGUGCGCGCGCCUGUGCUGCAAGCGGCAGAGGCUGCUUCAGCUCAGCCAGUAGCAGGCAGAGCAGUGAGUACACAACUCAUAAUGAGAAAGGAAGCUGGGAAGAGACUAGGAGAGAAGCAAUCGCCCUAUUAACAAAAGCUCAGUUUUGUCCCUGCGGACCGAAGCCACAGAGGGAUGGGGCGAGCUGUGGCUGUCGGCCAGGGAGGUCGGGCUCCCUGCUAGCAGCAGUUGGAGGCAUCUUUACCGCUCUGUGCUAGGGGCAGACCUGAGGUUGGACGCCUGGGAAGUUUUCAGAAUCGCAGCAGCAGCUUUGGAGAAGACCAGCAAAGAGCACCGUGUGUAUGUGAACUUCUAUUUUUUGUUGUUGUUGUUGUUGAGUGCAUUCAUGGAUAUAGUUUUUUAGUACAAAGAAAACUCAAACUCAGCUGACUUGAAAGACUGGAAUUUCAGCUCUCUUCUUCCCCCUGGGUUAUUUUUCCUCCCCCUUCCUCUCAAAGCCCUUUAAACCAGAUUACCGGGUCAGUGACUCGCUGCCUGCCCACCCACUGCCCACCAGGUCCAGAGGUUUCUGGCUUGCUGGCUCGGAAAGGACAGCCGCCACUUACCAGAUUAGGAAAGCUCUUGGGAGGCACAUUAAUCUGCCGGCGUUGUCAGGAGUGAUCAGCGAGUUUUAUUAAAAGCCCUGGGAUUGCCUGAAAGGCCUCCUUGUCUGCGUCUGAAAUGAAAGGGGUGUGCUAAGAUCUCAGGGUGCAUUGUGGGGACCCCUUGCCCUGCUCCUCGGGCUAUGAUCUGACACUGCAGGAGGAAGCGCCGAGGCCCCCCUGGUGGCCGGGAUUUCACCAGUGGACGGAAACGAGUUGGCACCUGUCAGCAUGAACCCUCUGAGCCGGGGUGGGCUGCAUGUUUUGCUGCUGCUGCUGCUCCUGGGCUGGGCCAGCCCCACCUUCGUCAGUGUUAAUCGCGGCCUGAGAGUGAUGAAGGGCAGCUCGGCUUUCCUGUCAGCAGAUGACCUGAAGCUCGCCGUCCCCAAAGAGAAGGAUGCCUGCAAGGUGGAAGUGGUGAUGAAUGAGCCAAUCACCCAGAGAGUGGGCACGCUCACUCCCCAGGUUUUUGAUUGCCAUUUCCUUCCCAAUGAAGUAAAGUAUACACACAACGGCUGCCCACUUCUUGAUGAAGACACAGUGAAGCUUAGACUUUACAGAUUUACUGAAACAGACACCUUCACGGAAACCUUUAUCCUGCGGGUCUACCUGCUGGAACCAGACUGUAACAUCAUCCGUAUGAGUGGCAAUGCACUGGAGGUGUCUGAAUUCUACGGCUUGUCCCGAGCAAUCGACAAGAACCUACUCAGAUUUGAAUAUGACAGGAUGGCUAGCUUGGAAUGUACCAUCAGGCUGGACCCUGUGAAGACUCGGUUGCCAGCACAUGGCCAGAUGGUUCUGGUGGAGUCUUGGCCAGAAGAACCCCGUGGAGAUCAGCCACAUGGUUUUUUCCCUGAGUCCCGUCUGGGGACAGAACUGAAGUGUCCAGGUGGCCGCUGUGCCCUGGGGCUGAAGAAAAUAGGAAGUCUCAGCGUGAGCUGUGAGGAGUUCCUGCUGAUGGGGCUUCGCUAUCACCAUACAGCUCCCCCUUCGCCCAACGUUGACUACAUCUCCAUCCAGCUGCACCUCACAGACAGCAGGAGUAAAAUCGUGUACAAGUCAGAGAACGUGUGGUUACCCGUCUAUAUCAGAGCUGGCAUCCCAAAUCAGAUUCCAAGGGCUGCAUUCAUGGCCACGUUCAUCCUGGAAGUGGAUCAGUUCAUCCUGACCUCUUUGACUACAUCGGUUGUGGACUGUGAAGAGGAUGAGACCCCCAAGCCCUUGCUGGUGUUCAACGUCACCAAAGCCCCACUCCAGGGCUAUGUGACUCACCUGUUGGACCACACCAAACCCAUCUCCUCAUUCACCUGGAGAGACCUCAGUGACAUGCAGGUUGCCUACCAGCCUCCAAACAGCAGCCAUCCUGAGAGGAGACACUACGAGCUGGAGUUGGAGGUCUACGACUUCUUCUUUGGAAGGAGCACACCUAUCACAGUCCACAUCUCCAUCAGAACUGCAGAUACCAAUGCCCCCCGAGUCUCCUGGAAUACAGGACUUAAUCUACUGGAGGGUCAGUCUCGGGCCAUCACAUGGGAACAGUUUCAGAUUGUUGACAAUGAUGACAUAAGUGCUGUCCGCUUAGUCACUGUUGAUGGUCUACAGCAUGGACGGCUUACAUUAAGAGGGGGAAAGGCAUUUCUCUUCACCGUGGCUGACCUGCAGGCUGGAGUUGUUCGCUAUCACCAUGAUGACAGCGACUCCACCAAAGACUUUGUGGUCUUCAGGAUAUUUGAUGGCCAUCACAGCAUCGGUCACAAGUUUCCUAUCAACAUCUUGCCCAAAGAUGAUAGUCCUCCGUUCCUCAUAACCAAUGUCGUGAUUGAACUGGAAGAGGGGCAGACCAUCCUGCUCCAGGGCUCCAUGCUCAGAGCUUCAGACGUGGACUCCAGUGAUGACUACAUCUUCUUUAACAUUACAACAGCCCCACAGGCUGGCGAGAUCAUGAAGAAGCCAGGGCCUGGUCUGAUAGGUUAUCCUGUCCCUGGCUUCCUUCAGAGGGAUCUCUUUAAUGGGAUUAUUUACUAUCGUCAUUUUGGUGAAGAAAUCUUUGAAGAUUCCUUUGAAUUUGUCCUAUGGGACAGCCAUGAACCUCCGAAUCUCUCAGUGCCACAGGUGGUGGCAAUCCACAUCACUCCAGUGGAUGACCAGCUUCCAAAAGAGGCUCCUGGAGUUUCUCGGCAUUUGGUUGUCAACGAGACAGAGGUUGCCUACGUAACCAAGAAACAUCUGUACUUCCUAGAUACAGAAUCACACGAUGGGGAGCUGCUCUACACCAUCACCACUCCCCCAUUUUUCUCCUUCAGCCACAGAUACUUGGAUGCUGGGAAGUUAUUCAUGGUAGACAGCAUACCAAAGCUAACCAAAAAUCCUGCUGCCCUGGGACUGAAGUCAUUCACACAGCACGCUGUGAACUACCUGAAAGUGGCCUACAUGCCCCCUCUGCAGGAUAUAGGCCCUCAUGUCAGACACGUCCAGUUCACGUUUUCCAUCAGCAACCAGCACGGCGGCACUUUGCAUGGGAUCUGUUUUAACAUUACCAUUCUCCCAGUGGACAAUCAAGCUCCUGAGGUGUUCACCAACCCUCUGAGAGUGACUGAGGGAGGUCAGCAUGUCAUCAGCACAGAGCACAUCCUGGUCUCUGACGUGGACACCGUGCAGGACAACAUCUACUUCUCCCUACAGAGACAGCCUCUGCAUGGAGGGGUGGAGCUUGAUGGCUUUCCGUUAAACCCCGGGGACACCUUUUCCUGGGGAGACCUCUGUACCUUAAAAGUUAGGUAUCAACAUGAUGGAUCUGAGGUUCUUCAGGAUGACAUAGUCUUGGAGGUCACAGAUGGCACAAAUUCAGCAGAAUUUGUUCUACACGUUGAGGUAUUCCCUGUAAAUGACGAACCCCCGGUCCUGAAGGCUGACCUCGUCCCCGUGAUGCACUGCUCCGAGGGUGGGGAGGUGGUCAUCACCCCUGAACAUGUUUUUGCCACUGAUGUGGACAGUGAUGACCUGAAGCUGAUGUUUGUGGUUGUGCGAGCACCUGAGCAUGGGGUAGUGAGCAAAGCUGGAGUCCCUGUGGUUCAGUUCUCUCAGAGCGAUGUUAUCGCAGGGGCUGUGACAUAUAAACACACAGGUGGCGAGAUUGGCCUCCUGCCUUGUUUUGACACCAUCUCGUUGGUGGUUUCGGAUGGAGAUGCUGGCCCUUCUGUGAACGGCUGUUGCUACAACGGACCUAAUCCAUCUGUUCCUCUUCAUGAGUCCUUCCCAGUGUAUGCUCUUAACAUCACAGUGCAUCCAGUGGACAACCAGCCACCUUCGCUUACAAUCGGUACCAUGUUCUUUGUAGAUGAGGGUUUGUCAGCAACCCUUACCAUUAACCAUUUGCUCUCCACCGAUCCUGACACUGCAGAAGAUGACUUGGAAUUCAUUUUGGUUUCUUCACCCCAAUUUGGCUAUCUGGAAAACACACUUCCUUCUGUGGGUUUUGAAAAGAGCAAUAUGGGCAUAAGUAUAGCUUCAUUUCAGUGGAAAGACUUGAAGGCUUUGCACAUUAAUUAUGUGCAGUCCAGACAUCGGAGGAUAGAACCAACUGCCGAUCAGUUUGUGGUGUAUGUCACAGAUGGAAAGCAACGCUCCUUGGAGAUACCAUUUUAUGUUACAAUCAAUCCCACAAAUGAUGAAGCUCCCGACUUUGUGGUGCAGAAUAUCACUGUGUGUGAAGGUCAGAGGAAAGAGCUGGACUCUUCCAUCAUCCACGCUGCUGACCUGGACAUUCCUGAGGACCUCCUACUGCUCAGCAUCGUACGCAAACCACGUCACGGCCUCCUCAUCAGUGAGGUGUUCAGCAAGGACUUCCCUCAGAAGAAGCAGCCAGCCAACCCUCACCAGAAGCAUGAACCUGUUUACAACUUUUCCAUGGAACUUCUAAGGAAUGGAAUGAGGUUGGCAUAUGUGCACGAUGACUCAGAGAGCCUUGCUGAUGACUUUACCAUCCAGGUGUCAGAUGGGAAACAUAAGAUACUCAAAACCAUUUCAGUAGAGGUCACCCCAGUGAAUGAUGAGAAACCAACACUGAGCAAGAAGGCUGAAAUUGCUGUGAGUAUGGGGGAAACCCGUAUCAUCUCUAGCGCUGUUCUUUCGGCUGUAGAUGAAGACUCACCCAGGGAGAAGAUUUACUACCUAUUUGAAAGACUUCCCCAAAAUGGGCAACUUCAGCUUAAGAUUUUCAGGGGAAAGUCUGGAAAGAGGAGGAACCAUGGACAACUGACUAAUUCUGGCACCUUUCAGACAGGGAGGGACUGGGUCCCUCUCUACCCUGGCAUGAAAUGCACUCAGGAGGAAGUGGAUCUGAACCUGCUGAGAUACACACACACCGGGUCAAUGGAUUCCCAGAAUCAAGAUGGUUUCACCUUCUACCUCUGGGAUGGUGACAAUCAGUCCCCUGCAUUUGACUGUCACAUCAGCAUCAAGCACAUGGGAAAAGGUGAAAUUGUCAUUCAUGCAAAGCCACUUGUGGUGUCUAAUGGUGACAGAGGUUUCUUGACGACCACCACGCUCCUGGCUGUGGAUGGGACGGACAAGCCUGAGGAGCUUCUCUAUGUCAUCACUUCCCCACCACAAUACGGGCAGGUAGAAUAUGUCCGCUAUCCCGGAGUCCCCAUUACAAGCUUCAGCCAGAUGGACAUAGCUGGACAGACAGUCUGCUACAUCCAUAGGAGCAAGGCUGCUGUCCCCAGUGACACAUUCAGAUUCAUCGUCAGCAAUGGACUGCAGACCAAGCACGGGGUGUUUCAGAUCACACUGGAGGCUGUGGACAGAGCCCUGCCUGUGGUGACCAGGAAUAAGGGGUUGAGACUGGCCCAAGGGGCAACGGGCCUGCUUUCCCCCGACCUCCUCCAGCUGGCCGACCCUGACACGCCUGUGGAGAACCUCACCUUCCUCCUGGCCCAGCUCCCACAGCAUGGCCAGCUCUACCUGCAGGGCACCGUGCUCCUUCAACUCAAUUUUACUCAGCAGGAUGUGGAUGGUGGCAAUGUGGCCUAUCAGCACUUGGGAGGGGACUCCCAGUCGGACUGCUUUACUUUCGUGGCCACAGAUGGGACAAACCAAGGCUUUGUUGUGGAUGGGAGAGUGUGGGAAGAACCUGUUUCAUUUACCAUUCAGGUGGACCCUUUGGACAGAACAGCCCCCCGGCUCACGCUCUUGCAAUGUGCUUCUCAAGUGGAGCUCCUGAAAAAUGGCUGCUAUGGCAUUUACCUCACUUCCCGCGUCCUGAAGGCCUCGGACCCUGACACGGAGGAUGAGCGGAUCAUCUUUAAGAUUUUACGAGGCCCACAACAUGGACAUCUGGAGAAUGUGACAACAGGUGAAUUUAUUCAUGAACAAUUUAGCCAAAGGGACCUACGCAGAAAGACCAUCCUUUACAUCAUAAGCCCAUCUUUGAAGGAAGUGACUUCAGACCUGGUGGAGUUUCAAAUCAUGGACCCCAGUGGGAACUCUGCCACUCCUCAAAUAUUGGAGUUGAAGUGGUCUCAUAUCGAAUGGUCACGGACUGAAUACGAGGUCUGUGAGAAUGUGGUUGUGUUGCCCUUGGAAAUUACCAGAAGAGGAUAUUCCAUGGACUCGGCCUUUGUUAGUAUAAAGGUCAACCAAGUGUCAGCAACAGUUGGGAAAGAUUUCACUGUGACUCCAUCUAAACUGAUCCAGUUUGAUCCAGGAAUGUCAACGAAGACGUGGAAUAUAGCAAUUACCUAUGACGGAUUGGAGGAAGAUGAUGAGGUCUUUGAAGUAAUUCUGAACUCCCCUGUGAAUGCAGUUCUUGGCACAAAGACAAAAGCCACAGUGAAAAUUUUGGACUCAAAAGGAGGACGGUGCCAUCCUUCGUAUUCCUCCAAGCAAAGCCAGCACGACACAUGGGAGCAGGGCAUUUGGCCCCCGCUGCCCCCAGGAUCUUCCUCACCCACCGCCUCUGGUUCCUUUCAUCUGGAAGGAAGACCCUUUCCAUCUUCCAAGUGGCAAGCAGUCACCAGGGGUGACAGCCUGCGGGGCUUUGAUGCCACACAUCAUCAUCGUUCUCAAAGGAAGCUGGGGGCCCACGGGAAUGGCAAAACAUAUCAUGGGAUGGUUUCCUUGAAACUGGAAGAUGACAGUUUCCCAGCUCACAAAAGGCAGGCCAAAGUAUCCAUCAUUAAUCAGCCACAAAAGACAAUCAGAGUGGCAGAACUGCCGCAGGCAGAUAAGAUGGAAUCCACAAUGGAUUCACACGUCCCCAGACAGGACCAGUUGCCUUCAUUUCCAAAGAACUGCACUCUGGAUUUAAAGGGCCUCUUCCAUUUUGAAGAAAGCAUUCAAAAGCUGUAUGAGUGCAAUGGGAUUGCCUGGAAAGCCUGGAGCCCCCAGACCAAGGCGGUGGAAGACAAAUCCUGCCCCACUGGAUGGCAACAUCACUCAGGCUACUGUCACACAUUGAUCACAGGGCGGAAAGAGACGUGGGAAGCAGCGAUGCAAGCUUGCAGGGAACAACACUUGGGCAGCCUUGUGAGUGUGUUUUCCAGACAGCACAUGAGAUGGCUCUGGGACAUCAGUGGAAGAAAGCCCUUUUGGAUAGGUUUGAACGACCAAGUGCAUGCCGGCCAUUGGGAAUGGAUUGGUGGUGAACCCGUCACCUUCACCUCCUGGAGGAGAGGGCCCCCUCAGCGCACGAAGCCUGGGAGAAGCUGUGUUUUGGUUCAAAGACUAGGGAAAUGGCAACCAAAGGACUGUAGGAAGGGCAAGCUCCACAAUUAUGUGUGCUCCAGGAAACUCUAAAUGCGACUGGCUCUACAGGUGCCCUCCCGGGAUUUCUCACCUAUUUAUUCACAGGAUAUGUGAAUGUCGCUCAGUGGAAAGCAAGUUGUUGUGACUGGCCAAGUUCAUCUUUGUGAUGAACAAAUUAAUGGUUCCAGGGAGACUGAUAAAUGAAUAUUCCUUGCAAAUGAGAUGUAAUUUUUGCAUCUUAAUAUCUUUCAGACUAAAUGUCUACAGUAUUAUAAGGUAUAAAAUUUACUUAUUCUAGAAGACUCUCAGCCUCACCCCUCUCCAAAUCUCAGGCAUCACUAAUUCCAUGGUUCUUGGAUUUUUUUUCACCCCAUGACAUCAAAUGAAUCUACUCUGAUCUGUGUAAUGCGGGUGCUCCUACCACUUGAUUCUAAGCGAACCUGAACCAGUAAUGAACUGGUUUGUCUCUUUGGAACCCUUUAAAUGUGAAACCUGGAAUCCCAGCCUGUGUAGAUGGGAAGGAGAAUUCUCGUGGUGAAAAGGAAAGCUUUAGAUGGGACAGAUUUGCAGAUGGAGGCUCAUGUACAGAACUGUAGUUCAGGUGAGAAUCCAGGGCGCUACCUGCGCUUCUGAGAUCCACGCAUCACUGCUCAUGAAACAGAUCUCCUUUUCCAGUGUGUAUGUUGGCUUUGAACCGUUCCCAAACCAAAGAUUGGGUUUCUCCAAACUGACGGAGUCAUGAGAAAUUUGAAGUAACCUGAUCUCUUCAUCUGUGUUUACUGUCCUGACUAGCAUUCCGCAAGGACAUUUGGAAUACAGGGUGUCUAUGAAUGACAAUUGACAUAUGGAAGAAAAACAGUGCCUCCUCAGAGGUGUCCCCCAUGAAUUAUGCUGAUGAACAAAGAAAAAUAAUACUGAAAACAGAGCUCUUAAAAGCCUGAGUUGUCAGAAAGGAGUUUGAUGCCAUUUUAAGCCCUGAAACCUUUAAUAUUCACAGAAAUGCCGUGUUCAGUAGAUUCUCUAAUGGAAGGCUACCUUAUUAAUUUAUAAUCUCAGCUGAGUGAAACAUUUUUGAAGCAGUGAUGCGUGUUGCUGCCUUCCCAGAACUCCCUGCUGAAAUCAAAGUUUGAUUACAGGAAAUUAGAACUUUAUUUUCUGAAACAUGUAUUCAAAAUGUUCCUCUUCGUAUAAUCACUGAAACUAUGGCUGUGCCAGUUGUAACAUGCUGCGUGAGUACCAGUGUGACUUCAGAAUCCAAACAGGGUUUUCCAAUGGACUAGAGCUUGGGGGAAGGUCUCACUACAGUACCUGAAGUGUUGAAGACACUGGCAAUGCUUGAAGGAUCUCGGCCCAGUUUCUGGAUAUAAAAGCAUGACAGACUUGUUUCAUUCUGCUCAUUUAUGGAAAAUUACUAGAAAAAAUUAACAAAGAGAGGUUGGGCUAAGACGCAGAUGUUCUACCUCUUAUACAUCCAAGCAUAUUUGCAGAAUCAGAGGUCUCCUUAUCUUAGAUGUCACAGGUGGGCUCCAGGUACAGGUCUCAUGUGGGACAAAAGCAGUCUUUGGUGCUUAACUGAACGAUGUCAAACUCUUCCUCCAUGUCAGCUCUAGUUAAUUCCUGUCCGAAUCACUCUUUCUGCAGUGUGGAAAGGUGUGGUUCAGGAAAACAAAAAGAAAGAGUUAUUUAUCUAAAGAGUUAAGUCCUAGGAGAGAAAGUGAAAAUUCAAGGAAUGAGGAAUUCAAGGGUCACACCUUCCUACUGGAACUCUAAAACUACAAAAAUACUACCCCAAACUGGAAAUCUGGAACUAUGUCAACUUUGAAAAAUCUGGUCAGUUUGGGAGAUUCCACACAUCUAAUGCAAUAAAAAUGAUACUUAAUUGUAAUUGUAAAUGUCAGCAUAAAGAAUGUUUUGAUUUUUAUAACAAAAAAUCAAUCUAGAAAAAUAUUUAAAUUGUUCUUUUUAGUUAUGAAAGUGUGAUUUAGUGGAAAAUCCACUUAAUUGGAAGAAGGCACAAAUAGAAAUUCAGGCAAGUUUGGGUGCCAGGCAAUAUUCAUCGCAAACUUCAUUUCUUUCUCAUGGUUGUGCUUUGAAUUGGGGAAAAGGAAAGAAACCUUUGUCAUGGUUUCCUCUGCUUGACUGGUCACCGGUGCCCUUCAAGUUCUGGUUGGAAUGGGAAGGAAUGAGACAGAGUAAGGAGGGAAUUGGAGGUUAUGGGGGAGAAGAGGUGAGAGAAAGGAGCUGAGGGGAAAGGGAUGGGCACUGAAGGUGCUAGGAAGGAGAGCACCAGGAAGAGAGACCUGAGUGUCUUCCGGAUCUUCUCCCCAAACCUGAAUCCCAACUCAAGAGAAGUCUCCCUGUAUGCAAGCCAUCAGUCCAGCUCAAUGACCUGUGGCUUUUCAGAAUCUACCGAUUUUUGGUCUUCAACAAACACACAACAUAAAUUUGCUAAAAAUAAACUUGGAACACAUGAUAAUCAUGUCUUCUCUUUCCAAGGAGUGGUAAGAAAUUAACCAGGUGACAUUUAUUUGCCUUUUAGUUUUUGUUUAUUUUUAAUACAGCUGAAAAGAUGUGCACAUCUUUUCUUUCACACUAUGACUCUGUGUAAUUUAAACUGCAAACUGGUGCUGACUAAUGUCUGCAAAAAAGCAGCAUAUGAAAUGUACUGUAUCUUGUGUUGCAUCAAAAUGAAUAAAAUACAUUUAUUUCUA